UCGAUUUGCCGGUGCUUGUUCCGACGGCGCUUCCUGGUAUCUCACCGUCAUCUAGCGCUCGGAGACACCGCUCCUUGACGACUGUCGCUUUCGAUCCUGUUCCAUGCCAAAGAAUGCGCCGUUGACGCUGCAAAUAAGUUCCAACGCGCGACAUGUGACAGGGCGAAAACGACACGCGGCACUAUGCAGCGUUUGCCCCUGGGAGCGCAAUCGGCAACAAAGAUCUGCAGUGUUCCGAGCAUCAACACGUGCCCUGAACCUACCAUGAACUCAGGUACGUCCGGAGAAGUUAGCAUAUGACGUAUGGUGCGGGAUUUUAGUGAAGACGGGCGGUUUCGAGAAGAGUGACAUUUACACAGCCCCAUUCUUGGCAGGUCGAAAUCCAGACGGUGGUCGCCGCUAGCUAUACGGCAAGCGGACCUCAAAUGCUCGCACACUCUCUUUGACCCACGAAAUUCAUCUUUUAGGGUCCGAAGACCUCUCGAGUCUCAAUGGUCCAGGAUGUCUUCUCACUGCACAACAUCGUCGGCAGCGACGAGUCGCACUUUCCGUUUUCCCUCAAGGACUACCAACGCUAUGUAUUUGGCGACGACCGACUAGCGCAUCGCUUGGGCACGGACCUAUGUCGAGCUUUCAUUCCCACCAUUUCCAACCCUACAGACGACUUCGCAGUUGCCGUUUUAUCCGAAAAGGUCCCCACGGCCACUCAUAGGCUGCGCAAUCACUUCGUCGCUUACCUCAAUCGGCAUCUGAUCGCGAAUAAUGCGACUCCGGCCCUCAAAAUCGACUUCCAUAUGGCGGGGGUGAAUGCAAAGACCCGGGACGAUCCGCAGUGCAACAGGAAAAGCGCUUAUCACAUCGAUGCCGAACGCCUGGGGAACAGGACUCUCAUCGUACUGACCGAAAUCCGAACGAGCCAAGACCGCGAGGACCAGAUACGAUCUUCAUUCGGGGAACGUGGCAUAACCACCAUUUUCGCCUAUCUGGCAUCCCUGGAUGGCUCCGCAACGACUGCAACCAUCUCAUCCUUCUUAUCUUCGGUCGUCAGCCCGUCUAUGAGAGACAUUGAGAGCAUCGCGCAGUCUACUCAUUUUGUCAUGAACGAAUGCUUUGUCCAGUUUACACUAGGAAGGGAGUAUGAGGAAUUCUGCAAAUUCAUACGACGACAAGACGACCAUUUCGUAAGAGAGCUAUUGGAUCACGCUAUCACUGGUCACUACUACAACGACGACGAUCACGAACAUAACGUACAGUUUCUGAUUUGGGAGCUCGAGGCGCGGGAAAGCGUUUAACGGCCACGGCUAUGAAUAGCAACAUAGCACGGAAGACGGUAGCGACCGCUACCAGUAAUACUAUAGUACUUUCACCAC